CAAAUAAAACUAAAGAAAUAUUUUGUAACGUCAAAAUAAUAAAUGAAUAAAAAUAUAUUAUGUUAAUAAAAUAUAUUUUAGAUUUUAAAGACUUCUAAUUCAUGUAAUAUUACAAAAUUCAAAAUUUGUUUAUUACAAUUAUUAUUUUACCAUUAGAUAUAUUAAAAUAAUAUUCUAGAUCGAUAUUCAAUUGUCAGUUUUCAACUAUUACACGUAAAAGAUUAUUGUUCAGUACGCUUUUUUUAGAAAAGAGGGUUUUAUAUUUUAAGUAGGUUAUUGGAGUACUUUUUCUUUUCGUGAAUUUAUUCGAAAUGAGAUUCCGAUCUUUUAAACUAAGGCCUUGAUUGGUAGAGCAUUAGCAUUAGCAGUAGCAGUAUGCUAUAGAAGCAGUAUGCUGCAGGCGUUGUAUGCUUUUGUUAAACUGUUUAAUAUGAUGAUUGGUAUAGCAGUAUGAGUAUGAUAUUUAAAAUUAUUAUAAAAAUUAGUAUAUAACAUAUAAUAUAUUUAUUUUUAAUGAAUAUAUUUCUAAUAUAUAUAAAUAUAUUAACUUAUAAAAUUAAAAAGAUAUAUAAUUAAUUUAUUUUAUUUAACAAUUUAAAAUUUAUAUUAUAAAAUAUCUAUUUCUAAAAAUAAUUUUUCAAUUUUGAAAUAAAUUAAAUUAUAUUUUAAAUGUGAAAUACUAUUUUUUUUAAAAAAAUAUUUUUUAUUGGAAAUUAAUUUUAGAAAUCAAAAUUUUAUAUUCUGGAUAUAAAAAUAAUUUUAUGAUAUUAUUAGAUAAAAUAAAUGAAUUAAUUAUAUAUUUUCUUUAAUUUUAUAAAUUAUAAAUGCAAAUGCUCUUCUAAAAGCUUCAUCUGAGAGUAUUGGCUAGAGAACAUUGGCUAGAGAGCAUUUGGAGAGCAUUAGCAUUUAGUAAAUGCUUCGCUAAUUGUUUUUCUGACAACUGUUGAUUGGAUAAUGUAGAGCAUAAUGUUAUACCAAUCAAUGCUUAAGAUAAUUUAUGUUCUAUGCAUAAUUAUAUUUUUUUACAUAACUCUAAAAUCUCGGACUUGAUUCUUUAUAUUUUAUUAGUUAAUUGUGUUACAUAUAAUAGAAAUACUUACUUCAAACUAAAAAAGAAAUCAAAUUUAAAAAUUAGUUAUAUAUAAUUUAAUAUACAAAAAUUUAAAUAUAAAUAAAAAUGAUAAAUAUAACAACUUUAAAUAUAUUAUCUGCGCGUAGCGCGGAUAAAUGAUCUGGUGUUCAUAAAUAACUAAUUCCAAAGAAAAUUAAACAAAGUAUUCAAUCUUAAUCUGAAAAGUAAACCUUUCUAGAAAUAUGUCAUUCUUGAAUUAGUCUGUAUAAUAUACCAAACGUGUGAAAUGUCGAUUGUUUCUUCAUCACUAAGGUAUUACAGACGUUUGGUUAUUUAAUUUCAAGAAAAAUAUUUAUUUUUAUUUUUGCUAUACGGACCCCAAACGAGCAAUGGUGCCCCACAAAAUAUUUCUUGCUUUUACAAAGUUGGCUCUACAAGUUUUUAAACCCGCCAUAGUGCAACAUGACUCAAAAGCUGCUUAUACAGUAUAAUAUACGGUUGUAUACCGUAUUUUAAAGUGACUAAAAUACCCCUGUUUAUUUGUCCAUAAAUAUCAAGCUCCAACAAUGCAAUUCUUCCCUUUUCCCCUUCUAAUCUCUCUCAUCUCUCUACUAGGAAAAAAUAAGCAAUUAUGUUGUCCACUGUACCGGCCUUUUCCAUGUCUGAACCGGGUUUAGUUAAUCAAUUUCAGGGAUUCCAAACCGGGUUCACUCCUUGGGAAUGGGACUGCUCUGAUCUCUUUUCCGUUAACCAGCUGCCUCUUGAACCGGCCGUUCCCAGUCCAUGUUUUGCUGAAUCCGACUCUGGUCUCGUCAAAAUUAAACCUGGUUUUGAUGGCAUCAAACCCGGUUCUGAUGAAAAUUAUACCGGUUUCAUCAAAACUAAACCCGGUUUUGACGAAGCCCAAAGUUCCCACGGCGUACCAGAUGAACCGGACUCGGACGACCCAAAACAAUGGACAGCCAUCGUGAGUUUACACUCGGGAGAGCAGAAUCAUAACCGGAAUAAACUAAUUCAACCCGAGAUGACCGAGGAGAAGAAGAGGAAGAGGAUGGAAUCGAACCGGGAAUCAGCGAAACGGUCGAGAAUGCGUAAACAAAGUCACAUUAAUAACUUAAGGAACCAAGUAAACCAGCUCGACUUGGAAAACCGUGAGCUCAAGAACCGGCUCCAGUUAUUUACAUACCAGCUUCAACGAGUGAAUACAGACAACAUCCAGCUCGUGGCGGAACAAGACAUUCUCCGGUUAAGAUUGUCGGAGAUGAGGCGGAUCCUGAUGAUCAGACGACAACAACAAUGGGGACUCAAUAACCGGAGAAUGAUCAUGACUGAACAAAACCCAUCUACGAUCAUGGAUCAUAUGAUAUAUAUAAGUAAAUAAUAAAAACAAAAAAAACUAGAACGAUACCAUCAAUCUCUUUCUUUGUCUCUCUAUCUCUCUAUGUAAAUGACAUUGAAGGUUUAGGGCAGAGGAAAACAAAGUUUUCGAGAAGGAGAAGAAGAUGAAAAAGUUUUAUUUUUUGUAAUCUUUUUUUUUUCCACUCUCGUAGGAAGUGAUCGUUGUCGUGUUAUGAUAAAUAACUAAAAGAGUUAUCACAUUAAUGCAAUGAUAUAAUAUUAUUCAUACUUUA